UAAUGCUUUGAACCCCAAUUUUCGUUACACUGCCUCAAAGCUUCACUCAGAACGAAGAAAUCUCCAAUGGCGUCCUUAAAAGCAGUUUCUCGGUUAUCAUCCCGCUUGCAAUCACUCGCUCCAAAGUUCAACAAAAGGUCUUCAUCUUCUGAGCUAUUUUCAUUCAAAUCUACUUGUCAAUCUCAGCCUUCCGCAGCUUCUACAUCGCGUCUUCAUUGUACUUCGCGGUUACCAGUGGAGUUGAGUAGUCAGGGGUCAUUGAUGCCAUUGCACAGCGCUAUAGCUGCAGCUAGAUUAAUUUCAAGUCUGACCAUUGAAUCUCAAGGAUGGGGUUUGGUUCCUCAGGGUAUUUCAAUGCCUUUAUGACAGGCUUUGCUAUGCAGGAACUUGUUCUUUGUAGCUUUCUUUUGAUUGACAAUUGGGGUUUCUUCUUACUUCUAGUUCUUUACAAUCUACAAGAAUGUAAACCUAAAUUAUUGCCUCUGAUUUUCUUUUUGGUCCUAAAUUGGAUGAGGUUUAAAGUUAAAUUUCAUCUUGUAAUGAAUCCAAGUGAUUGAUAUACAACUUUCAUGAUUGUUGAAUUUGUUACCCUUGGAAAAGAUGAUGUAACGAUGCUUUGAAGGACAAUCUUGUUACAAAUAGAAUGGUUAUGGAUUCUUCCUCUAGGAUUCUUUUGAUAAA